AUGUCAGCUCAACGUCCGAGUCGAAAUGACAAUCUUCGGGCAUAUUCCACGAAUGCUCUCGAAGGACAAACGGAUAGUUUCUUCAAGGAUAGUGACGGAACUCCCAAUGCCACGAAGGGAAAGCUGGCAGCUGCCAACAAUGGCAAAAUCACAUUUCGAGAGAGAAUUCAUCAUUUUACAUGGGCGUGGUUUACUCUUACUAUGAGCACCGGGGGAAUUGCUCUAUUGCUCGCAAAUACACCACACAAAUUCAAUGGCCUCACUAUCUUGGGGGACAUCGUUUUCAUUUUGGAUUUAUGUCUGUUUGUUCUCUUAUGUUCUGGGAUUUCGGCACGAUUCAUAUUAUAUCCAAAGGCAUUAUCUGCUUCAUUGCAAGAUGCUACAGAAUCCCUCUUUUUCCCAACGUUUUGGAUUUCUUUGUUGAGUAUAAUUGCAAACACGCAAUUAUAUGGCGUUCCCCAUUGUGGCCCAUGGCUCAUCACCGCCCUUCGAGUCAUAUUCUGGAUCUAUACGGCGCUUACAUUCUUUGGUGCUGUCGGUCAAUAUUGCUAUCUUUUUGCUGCCAAACAACAAACACUUCAGUCCAUGACUCCCGCCUGGAUUCUUCCUAUCUUUCCCGUUAUGCUUUGCGGGACCCUUGCCUCCGUUACAACGGGGUCACAAACUCCUGAGCAUGCGCUUCCUAUGCUGGUUGCUGGGAUCACGUUUCAAGGACUGGGAAUUUUUGUUGCGGUCUUCAUGUAUGGUCCUUACAUUGGAAGAUUGAUGACAAAUGGCUUGCCAGAACCCAACACGAGACCGGGAAUGUUUAUUGCAGUUGGACCACCUAGUUUCACUGGGUUAGCAUUGUUGGGCAUGAGUGAAAACUUCUCCAAAAUAUACCCGGCGUAUACUACAAUAUCAUCAAUCACGAACCCAGAUAUUAUUGCCGACAUAUUCCGAAUUAUUGCAGUCUCUGCUGCAGUGUUCUUAUGGGCUACAGCAUUUUGGUUCUUUUGCAUUUCAAUGGUGUCUGUUUUGGCGGGUGCAAAAGAGAUGAGUUUCCAUCUUGUGUGGUAUGCUUUCGUUUUUCCAAAUGUGGGUUUUACUAUUGUUAUCAUCAAUAUCGGGAAAGCAUUCAAAAGUGAGGGCGUGCUUUGGGUCGGAAGUGGAUUAACAAUCAUUCUCGUGAUUGUCUGGUUGCUCGUCUUUGCGGCGCACAUUAGAGCUGUGGUUUUGAAGCAAGUUCUAUGGCCGGGUAAAGAUGAGGACAAGGGAGAGAGGAGUGAGUGA